AUGGAACAAAGAGCCAGUAUACCUCCAGGCCUGCCCCGCGACAAUCCCAUCCAGAGUUACUGGCAAGAUCCUCCCGAUGAGAUCGCAGACUGCCGGACAACCGCUGAACUCCCCCAUGUGGUUGAUAUAGCCAUCGUAGGCGCUGGAGUCAGUGGUGCCUCUAUAGCCUACAACCUGCUCUCCUCAAAUCCAAAUCUCAAGGUUGUACUUUUGGAGGCACGUCAGGCUGCCAGUGGCGCCAGUGGUCGAAAUGGAGGUCACACUAAGACAGCCACCUAUCGAUCUUUCCUCGACAAUGUUCACUCGGUGGGUGCGGAGGAUGCCAUGAAGAUCACCAAUCUGGAGUACAACUGCAUGGUCUCGGUACACCAGUUCGCCCGCGAGAACAGUAUUGACUGUGACUCUGUCCGAUGUCAAACCAUUGACGUCUUCUACGAUGAGAAGCAGUUCGAAAAGGCGCGAGAAUCGGUCUCGCUGAUGGAGAAAUUGAUGGGAAAGGAAAAUGCUCCGGAGCAUAUUUUCCACAACACCCAACAAACGGCCGAGAAAUUUCUCGCGCCGAACAGUGUGGGAGGGCUAGAGUACGAGUCGGGGAGUCUGAGCGCGUACAAAUUCACGAUCGGCGUUCUCAAGCUCGCUUUGCAAAAGGGACUGAACCUCCAGUGCAACACUCCUGCGACUCACAUAUCCAAAUCGACCUCUGAUGGAAAGUGGACCGUCUCGACACCACGUGGCAAUAUCCAAGCCAAAACCCUCGUUCUAGCUACAAAUGGCUAUACUGCACACCUCUAUCCUCAACUGCAAGGCGUGAUCGUCCCCCUGCGAGGAGUUGUGACCGCUCAACGGCCUGGGCAAAACAUGCCGCAGAAGGGGCUGGAAACGACAUACUCGUUCGUGUACGACGAAGGCUUCGAGUACAUGAUCUCCCGCCCCGCCGGCUCCAAAUUCGAGGGUGAUAUUGUCAUCGGAGGUGGCAUGCACGUCGCAAAAGACGAAGGAACGUCCGAGUACGGAAACACCGAUGAUACCACCUACGACGAGAACAGCGCAGCCUACCUCGUAGAAUGCACGGAACGGUACUUUGGCACAGAGAAUUGGGGGAAGGAUCACCCGGAAGGCCGGUGUCGACGAACCUGGUCUGGCGUCAUGGGCUUCUCGUGCGAUGGGUAUCCCUUUGUGGGACCGGUGCCCGGUGAGGAAGGGCUCUAUUUGGCUGCAUCGUUCCAGGGGCAUGGCAUGGUUUUGUGCUUUCUGUGCGCCAAAGCCGCAGCAAGCAUGAUCGAAGGGACCGAUGGCGACGAGUUGAAGAGCUGGUUUCCCACCUGUUACAGAGUUACAUGGGAGAGGAUGAGGAAGCAGUUCGGCGGCCGUCUGAGGGCGUCAGGGGCACCCGAGCUCUGA